AUGACUUUCUGGGCGACCUGGAGGCAGUUGAGAGAUAUCAAACGUCGUGAACAUGUAGCUGAAGUUGGAGCGGACCGAAUGCGUUUAAAAGCAAUUAAAGCGAAUACGAUUCUACCACAGGCUAUCCGAGAUGAUGCAGCAGCGGAACUCUCCAAUAUGCCCAAAAACGCCCAUCCAAGACGAAUUCUCAACAUGUGCAUGUUCACGGCGCGACAAAGAGGAAAGAUCAAACCAUAUCGAAUCAAUAGGCAUUUGUUCAGGUGA